GCGUACUUACCAUGAACAAGGCCAGAACGAUUCUUGUAGCGUCAGUGCAGCUACAACAGGUCUCUUACCCUCCUGUAACAGUGAAAAAGGGGGAAGGGGGAGAAAACUUCUCUGUGCAGUGAAAUUCAAAUCAACAUGUCUAUUUCAUCAUCUUUUUCCUCAAAUACGAUGGAAGAAUUUUAUUAUAAUCCGUAUAGAAACGACAAUACCAUCUUGUACCACGUUAACAGUGAUUUUAUUAACCAGAAUAACAACAGUGAAUUCUUCCUCCAUGACGAUCCUGCAGUGCUAAGAGGUCAGACUCACUUAACGGCUAACACCUACGAUUUGUUAGCCAAUACAAGUGGAAAAAACAAGUUUGAUUUGUUAUCCGGGGCCGACAUGUACACUUCAAGUAUAGACGGGCCCCUGGAUAUCCUAGCCACGGAAAAAUUACCCCUGGAUAGCGAAACCACGAAAAAUCUACCCCUGGAUAUCUUAGCCACGGAAAAUCUACCCCUGGAUAUCUUAGCCACGGAUAAUCUACCCCUGGAUAGCGAAAUCACGGAUACUCUACCCCUAGAUAUCCUAGCCACGGAUAAUCUACCCCUGGAUAUCUUAGCCACGGAUAAUCUACCCCUGGAUAUCUUAGCCAUGGAUAAUCUACCCCUGGAUAUCUUAGCCACAGAUAAUCUACCCCUGGAUAGCGAAAUCACGGACACUCUACUCCUAGAUAUCCUAGCCAUGGAUAAUCUACCCCUGGAUAUCCUAGCCACGGAUAAUCUACCCCUGGAUAGCGAAACCACGAAAAAUUUACCCCUGGAUAUCCUAGGCACGGAUAAUCACUGGUGUGUGGUAGAAGCAGUUAGCAGAGCGAGUGAAGUAAAACGUGAACACUUGAUGCUACUACACGACCAGGAGGAGUUUGUUCAGGAGUUGGGAACCAUCAAUCUAGAUGACCUACCGGACGACCAAAUUGACUUUUCUACUCCUACAACGUCAACCAACUCUUCUCCAGGGUCGACGAUCUCUUCUCCAGCAAGGACUAUCUCUUCUCCAGCAAGGACUAUCUCUUCUCCAGGGUCGACGAUCUCUUCUCCAGCAAGGACUAUCUCUUCUCCAGGGUCGACGAUCUCUUCUCCAGCAAGGACUAUCUCUUCUCCAGGGUCGACGAUCUCUUCUCCAGGGUCGACGAUCUCUUCUCCAGCAAGGACUAUCUCUUCUCCAGGGUCGACGAUCUCUUCUCCAGGGUCGACGAUCUCUUCUCCAGGGAGGACCUUUUUCGCCCAAAACGACCAACAGCAACAUCACAGUUGUACACACGACAACGAUGUGGAGACCUGCACACCAACGAGACGGCCCAACAGAAGCACCUUGAUCGAGAAGCAGAAGACUAGCAAGUUACGGGAUCUCAACAACAUGGCAUCACGACAAUACCGCCAACGUCGUCGCCACCGUCUUGUGGAGAUAGAGACACAAAUGCAUAUACUGGAGAAGAAAAACACUGCGUUGCGAGCCAUAGUGGCCAAGCUGGAGAGACAGAGAGAGAGGAUGAAGAAAGCAAUCAGUGGUAGUUUAAGAGUGAAGGGCGGAACGAGAACUUCCAAACUAUAAGUGAAAGAUUUCGGGUCAGGUUUGAUAUACUGUAAGUAUCCACGCCGGGAGAGAACACAGAAUCUGGUGCACAAUAGUUACGCUGUGUCAUUUAGGACAGUGAUUUAAGAUAUUGAUAAGUGUAAAAUCUAAAGAAACUUGGUACUGUAUAUAUAUGAAAACAUAAUAUUAUUUACACCGAAAUGUGUACUUUUUACCUAAAUAUAGCAUGUAAUUUAUACCCAAAUGUGUACAUUGAACAGAAAUAUACUGUAUACUUUUUACCAAAUACAUCAUGUAGAUUA